UCCAGAUAUUUCUAGCUUUUCCCAUAUUCCCUUAUCUUUUCGAAUAUAUAUGCUUAAUCUUAAUCCCAACAACCCCACCUUUGUGACUCUAUUCUGCCAUAUCUCUGUUACUUCCGGGUGAUCUAAGUUUCUUUAAUUGCCACAAGUUUUGCAGCAAAUCUGGUAUAUACGCAACAACUGCUAUUGAAGCUAAAAUUAAGGUUGUGGCUGCAGUAGACUUGCCUCAGAGAGUUUUGGUUUCGUUAUAAUUGUCACUAGUGCCCCAAAUAUGUGUUUGGUGUUUGUAUGUGAUGAAGAUGAGAGGGUGUUACAAAGACAGGCAGCUCCAGGAGCUUGUCCUUACUGCGGAGGGAUGGUUCAAGCCGUGGACAUGGAGAGUCAGUGGAGAUUCUGCUUUGUCCCUUAUUAUUUCAAGACUAAACGCAGAUACUACUGUACCCUUUGCACCAGACGUCUCAUCAUCCAAUAAUUUUACCUAAUCUUAUGAUAUAGCCUCUUUGUGGUCCUUGAACUUUCUAGAAAACAAAGAUGUAUGAUCUUUUGGCUUUUCAGGUGUAAAGGGUGUGUAUGUGUUAUUGUUAUCUGAGUUUUAUAUGUUGGUUUACCAUUUCUCUUUAAUUAUUUGUUGGUUAUCUAUAGAUAACUACUCUGUUCUGGUUCCAAAAUCAUAUGGUUAGAAGUUAGAAUUACAAAAUAAGGAAAAAGGAAAAUGUACAAAUUUACCUGUGAUAUUUGGGAUUUGUCUUGCA